GCUGAGUCCGUCACUAGUGACCUUGUGACGUAUACUCCUUGCGGCGGAUGCUCGUUCUCGUUCCUCGUUCACUGCACAUUUCGUGCCCACACUGCCUUCGACCAGCGUGUACUGUAGCAGCAACCUUGUGCAGCUGUCAAAUGGCAGCGAUGGCGUCCGCCUACUUGGCGAAGUCGCUGUACGACUACGAAAGCAAGGAUAACCGUUUAUUAAGCUUCAAACAAGACGAAAAGUUCAUAGUUAUCGAACAGUUAUGCAAGGAUCCCAAUUGGUACUAUGCAGUGAACGAAAAAGGCAUUGCCGGCUUUGUGCCGGUAACGUAUAUGCUCAAAGAAGAGAGCGAUAGUGAUCGGUUCUUAGAACUGGUAGAAAAAGCACUGGAUGCUUUGCAAAAUACGGCAUCCUGUUCGAAAGAUGAAAACGCCAGUUGUAUGAGUUUGCAAAGGAAAGCGCUUAGGUACAGUAACGCUCUGUUGAGACUUCAUCACUUGAAAGAAAGCUUACGGAACAGCUCAGAAGGACCUUUAAAAGACACUCCCAAAGAAACUGCAUUGGGACAUCAGUCUCCAAGUGACUUUCUGCACGAAGAGUACUCACGAAUAAAUGCGGAAUGGAUCUCAGAAAACUUAGCCAGAGCAGAACCGUUCCCAGAAGCUGGUUCCAGCAGUGCUGGUGCUGGUGAUGCACUUGAUUUGCCCAUGCUCUCUGCUGAACUGAUAGAGGAGGUCCGCCGCGAAACCCAGCUGAGUCACGCAUCAUCUCGUAACGCAGUACUGGCAGUACUGCAUGGUUUAGCCCAACGAGCACCACGUGCUCUUCCUUGGGGACAGCUCGUAGACUCUGUAUUGGCAUCACAAGACACUGAGAAGGUGCUGGUCACUAGCCGUGAUGGAGAACGAUUACGCCAUGUCCUUAGACAAUUGUGGUACUGCAAGAAUGACGAUCAGCAGCGUAGUUGGCCAAUACACGAAGAUGAAUCCCAUAUCGCUGGCCUUCUGGAGGAGCUGUACACACUUUUGGUUGAUGCAGAUCCUCGCGUGUGCCGUGAGAUGAUACGUGCUGAUGAAUACGAUUGUGUCACCACCCUCGUCCUUUAUUAUCAAAUGGAACCUCGUUGUUCAUUGCGAGUUUGGAUGCUUAGGGUUUUCUUGACUCUCUGUGAGCUCGACCUGCAGGUAGUGUCACUGCUUCUUUACUCUGUUCUACCUCUUGAGUUAGCCAGGGAUCUACAAGCGAACACUGAUGAUAUAGAAAGAAUGAAAUACACUGCCCUACUGCUUACAGUCAUUUUUUCUACUGGUGAAAACCCUCCAAACAACAUAUACGAACAUAUAGGGGAGGACUUUGUGAAGUUUCUUGUGGGACUCCUGGAAGCACCCGAAGCAGAAGAAGAGGUUGCUGAACUUGCUGUAGGGGCCAUGCUAGCCUUGAACCUUCAUCAAAUCUCUGAGGCGGACAACUUUGUACUGCGCGCCCUACGAACAGGUCCAAGGGAUAGCGCCCGCGCACUGGCACAGCGGCUGGUGCUCUUCCUCAACCGAGAAGACGAUCCAGCUCGGGUACUCACCCACGAAUUGAAUGUGCCAAAUUCGGUGUUGAAGAUCCUGGUGGAGUUGUUUGCGGACCCCGCCACUGCUGAACUGUUCUAUACAAAUGAUGUGUCAGUCUUAGUGGAUAUCAUUGCUCGGCAGCUCAGUGAUCUUCAGCUAGGUGACAAGAGGAGACCACUUUAUUUAAGGCUGGUGGGAAACGUUGUGAAGUCCACGGCUUAUGAGGGCCACAAGCACCAAGAGCUCUCUCGCUGCUUCCAAGCGGUACUCUCCAGUGAAACGGUGCCGGCAAAAGAAGCCACGCUUGUCGAGGACGUUCGGCUUUCUUGUCCGCAGUGGUUUUUGUCCGACUGAGUCGAGCAUGUACUGGAUGGUGGUACUGUGUAUUACUGCUGUUUGGGCAAGAGGUCGUAGGAUUUUAAAUGUGCCCAGGAGUCAUUCACUGUCUGGGUUACGGAGUCAAGAAUGCUGUUCACUCUAGUUAUAAGUGUAGAGAUUCCCUUUAUAUAUAUAUACAUUUUGUUGUGCAUUAGAAUUAGCGAUAUUGAUUUUGUUUAGAAUCUCCAAAUGGUGAAACACAAAUAGCGUGCCUGUCCGAUCCAGCUUCACAGUGGUACCUACUUGACAUCUGAAUAUUAGUGUGUUCGUUCCAUAGUCAUUUAUGAAGGCACUUCAGAUAAAGAUUAUUGUAGGUAUUAAAUUUACAAUAGCUUACACAAGGAUACUGAUCAGGCUUAGCCUGGCGCAAACUUAGGUAGCGUUGAAUUUGAUUUAUAUUGUUGAAUGAAAAUACUAUCCUAAUGUGGACUUUUGGCAUUUAUAAUAUUUAGAGCCUGAAGUUUUAAGGGUUUAACCCAAUUCUUCCCCGAAUUUGCACCCCAAAUUGAAGGUUGCCUCUUUAUGGUGAAACCCGAUUUUUACCUGGCAGAUUGCCCCUCAUUGAGACGCCUGUAGGAAUGCACACUGACUUCUUUGGCAGCAAAUUAAGUUACAUCACCGUUUGUACCAAACCAGUAUACAGCCAACCUGUACCAAUCUGUGUCGCCGUUUUUUGUUCCCAAGUCUCGGGGGGGUUUUAAGUUAUGGCACCAGCUCGCUUGCUACCUGGCUAUCCUUUCAGUACAGUUAGUUUGAGUAACUAAGCCCGAUUUUUCCUUGAAUUUAGCAUACUGGUAGUUUUUCCACCCGAAUUCGCAUGAAUUUAGGGCACAUGUUUAUUUACCCGAGUUUUACCCCCCCCCCUCCCCCCCAAAUUUAGAAAAAAAAAACUUUUUCCCGAAAACUUCAGGCUCUAACAAAAAUAUUGAAUAGUUUGUAAGUUCUGAAUAGACAGUUAUGGCAGUGAUUCUACGUUUCCCUGUACACCUUAAAGCAACCAAUCUCGGUUAUUCUGAUUUCUGCAGUUGUGCGUAAUUAUUUUAUUACAUUAGAAGUUUCUGACGAAUUUGUUGCGUUUACAUGUGACAAAAAAUUUUGGUUACGUAGGCUACCUCUAAUGGCAGGCAGAGAAAUAUAUACCUCUUCUGUUUUAUGUGGUCGAUGACUUCAAAAACUGAUUAUGUAUUUUCCAAUGCUCACAGUUUUUGCCUCAAGUGGGAUCAUUACAGCCGAGACUGGCUAUGUUACAUAAUAUACAAGUGAGAAAAUACUGCGUAGCAGUUUUUCUUAACUGAGGCUAUUCGAUAAAUACAAUAACAUUGCCAGCAAGGCCUCAACAAACCUGCAGCUGCCCUGGUUAAUAUACUACAUAGCGACAAAUGUGCUUUUGUAGCGAUGUGGGCUCGACACUGUCAUGUUCACAAAAAAUGCAGAACAAGCUUCUUGGAGCCUUGGUUGAGAGCCACUGCUGUAUAAGAUAAUGGCAUAAGAUAAUGGAUAAGAUAAUGAAUAAUGGCAUCCAAAAUCGCUGUAAUCCGACGAAUAGCUAACUUCUCACAUUCCAGGUUUUGCAUAAUGUAGGGAACAUAAGGAAACAUUCUUACAUGCGUUAUUCCAUGCGCACGUACAUGAUGAGGGUACCCUAGUACCCUGAUAUUUCACCUCUACUAUGUGUUUGUAAUCAAGGACUGAAGAACUGUCGAGACUGGAGCACCGCACCACAAGUCACCAAUGUCGUUCUUUGUGAAGCAUCACAUAGCUUUGUUUCUAGUCCAUGAAACGUCUGUAGUGCUUGAAUGCACAAUUUAUGUAACACUUAAUGGGUGUUUGUAGCUAUGUGAGUGAAGUGAUAUUUUACAUGCAAUACACAGCAAUACGUGGUGUACAUCUAGGUAACCAUCUAUAAUCUGCGCAUUUUGCAACCGUUAAUGCUGCAUGCUGCAUUGAACAUGUAUGUUGUGUAUCACCCUAGACAAUCUUUGAUAUGCUGAUUUUUUUUUUUUUUUUCAAAAAGUCAUCUGAAUUACUGUUUAACAUUUCUUUGUCCAUGCUUUUGUAGGUACUAUACUAGUCGUAACACUCGUUGAAUGCUAGUCGAAUCACACAUGAGCCAGAUAUACCCGUUUAUAGCAAAUUUCAUGGGAAGGUAAAUUAUGGUAUUGAUGACUGAUAUGAAUGAAGACAGCUGCUCAUGGGAAGAGUGUACGUGUGCAACACUUGAUGUACGAAGGAUUGUGUGUAUAUUAUGUUUAUUGUCGUAAGUUUUUACCACAAUCUGUACUUCUAGUGUGCCUUUGAUUGUGUAGAGUGUCCUCCGUGGUGGCUAUACUUUCUUAAUAUGAGGUUAUGGUUGCAGGCUAGUGGUACUGUGAUACAGAGAAGCUGAGGUCAUGUAACUCUAGACACAAACUCAUCAUAUCAUAUAUAUUGUGACACCUCGAAAGGUUUAUUGGGUGUAGUCUUUUUUUUCUUUUUUUGAUACACUGUAUGCGUGUAUUGCCGCUGUGCUGAUGUUACAUGUGACCGUGUUCUAGGGAUGCAGAUGGGACAUACGUACUACUAUACGAAUUCCAUGAACAACCAGUAUAUUUUUUCCUUGCAUUCAAGGUGAUAUUUUUUGCAAGUUCAUUUAUUGCACUAGUGAAGUAGCUUUAGUUGUAGUGCUCUUGCACUGCUCUAUAGCCUCUACAGCAUUAUGUUACACAAAGGUCACUUGUACAACACUGUUGAUUACACCAGCUUUGUAAUGGCAUUUUACAUGAAAUAUGUUUAUUUACACAUGCUUACUUAUUGGAUAAUCAGUUCGUUCUGUGUAGUGUGCACAUGUGAAUUUUUCAAUAUGAGUGUAUGAACAAUAUUUAGAGACCGUUUAUUAAAAUGGAGUUCAAGCCCAG